AUGCACACUAUGAAUAGCUUCGUUUUUGUCGCCGCCCUUCUCGUCAACCGGGUUGUCACAUACCCUUCAAGCCUUGAUUCCGUACUUGUCCCCGCUAAUGCGCAAGAACUUCAGCGAAGAGCUAUCACACCUGAUGUUCUACUCAACAAUGGAAAAUUGGCCCAAGGUCUCAACGCGAAAUAUGCGACUAUGACGAUGGAAACCUCCUGCAAAGAAGGCGAUCAUGCCUGUGUCCAAGGUGGUUUUGCUCAAUGCGUAGUAGGCAAGUAUGUUAGCCUUGGUUGUGCCCCACCUACAGUUUGCUUUGAAUUACCCUUGUUAUUGAAGCCCGGUUCCGUGCCUGGUUGCACUACUCCUGCCGAUGCUGCUGCCCGAAUUGCUAAUACCGGAGUCCAAGGCGGCGUCAAAGGAGACGGAACUGACACACCUGCUGGAUCUAACACGACUUCGCCCGUUGCUGAUGCCCCCUCCCUCAAUGGUACUGACAUGGGAAUGGCAGACAUGACCGGUGAUGCUAUGUCUAUGAACACUUCGUCUGAUGCUACCCCUGAUCUGAACGCGACUUCGACCGCCAACACCACCGCCUCAGCUAUUCCCUCUGACUCCGCGAAAGCCAACGAUACGCUUACAGUCGAUGUUUCUAACAACUCAACCACCCCGUCCUCUAACGCUACUGCCCCCACAUCAGCUAAUGCCAACGCGACGGUCUCGGCCCCCACCGUUGCUGACAACUCGACUGCUCCAUUGGCUGCUGCCGAUGCCCAACCCGUCAUUUCAAGCAACUCCGACGAAGACUGUGUUGACGAGUGA